AUGCCAGUAACUGGUACACCAGAUUGGUCUAAUAUUGAUCCAUUUAAUAAAGAAGAAUUACAUCAAGCAAUGCAAACAUGGAAAAUAAAAUGUGAACAACGACGUAUUGAUAUUGUUCAACCAUUUAAACAAUUUGACAGGUAAAUCAGUCAAAAGAUUGAAGUAGAGAAUUUAUUCGAAUAAAAACAAUAAAACCAUCUACGAGUAUUCGAUAUGAACCACUGAUCAUCA